AUGAAGCUGCUUUGGGUUUUCGCGCUUGCGAACGCUGUCGCCGUCUCGUUUGGCGUGGAGCUUCUCGAAGACAUUGCCAAGUCGUGCUCGUGCGAUACCGACUGUCCGCAAAUCACGUGCUUCGCCGCCCCGACGUGCUCGAACGGUCGCUGCGCGUACACACAAAAGCCCAUGGGUGCCAAGUGCCCAGGCCAGAGUUGCUCGAACGGAGGCGUCUGUGACGACGACGCCAACGACUAUUGCAACGCCAAGGCCGAAUGCAUCAACGGGUUCAAGCCGUCGACGACCACGUGUCGCGCCGCCAGCGGCCAAUGCGAUGUCGCCGAAACGUGCACCGGGUCCUCGGGCAUGUGCCCAAUCGACAGCUAUCAGCCUCCGACGAUGUCGUGCUCGGGCGCAAGCAACGGUGGUCCAUGCGACGCCGAGGACAAGUGCGACGGCUUUGGCAGUUGCAUUGAUGUGUUCUUGCCGUCGACAACCAUUUGCCGCAAGGCCGCCGGCGCGUGCGACGUGGCCGAAACCUGCUCGGGUACUUCUGGUUCGUGCCCCGUGGACCAGUUUGCGCUGAAGGACAAGUCGUGCAGUGGAUCGUCAAAUGCUGGCGCCUGCGACGGACAAGACGUCUGUGACGGCAAGGGCAACUGCAUUGACGUGUAUUUACCGUCAACGGCGGUCUGUCGCGCGUCCAAAGGCGAAUGUGACUUGGCUGAAACGUGCUCUGGGACGUCGAGUGCCUGUCCUGCCGACGGCUUUGCCGGUGUGACGACCCAGUGCACGGGCACCUGCAACGGCGGUCUCUGCGACGACCAGGAUUACUGCGACGGCAAGGGCAAGUGCGUUGACAAGUUCAAGCCAUCCACUGAAGUGUGCCGCACCGCAGACGGCGCUUGCGAUGUCGCCGAGACUUGUACGGGUUCUUCGAGCUCGUGUCCUGCCAACAAGUACGCCACGACCUCGGUCCCAUGCACAGGCAAGUCGAACGGUGGAGAGUGCGACGCCCAAGACUAUUGCGACGGCAAUGGUGGCUGCGCUGACAAGUACCAGAGCUCCACAUUCGUGUGUCGCGCCGCCAAGGGCGAGUGUGACGUGGCUGAAACCUGCUCCGGUACUUCGGGUGCGUGCCCGACCAACGCAUUCAAGUCGUCAUCGGUCCCGUGCACGGGCACCUGCAACGGCAACCCAUGCGACGCCCAAGACUACUGCGAUGGGAAGGGCAACUGCGUCGACAAGUAUCAAGACUCCAAAUUUGUGUGUCGCGUCGCCAAGGGCGCUUGUGACGUCGCUGAAACUUGCUCAGGCUCUUCGAGUCAGUGCCCGGUCGACGCCUUUGCAGCCACCACGGUCACCUGCUCUGGUACGUCGACCGGUGGGGAUUGCGACGCCCAAGACUACUGCGACGGCAAAGGCAACUGUGUCGACAAGUACUCUCCGUCGUCCAAGGUGUGCCGCCCUACCAAGGGCGACUGCGACGUGGCCGAAACCUGCUCGGGUUCGUCGGGUCAGUGCCCGACCAACGUCUUUGCGUCCACCGCGGUCAAGUGCACUGGCACGUCAAACGGGGGCGGGUGCGACGCCCAAGACUAUUGCGACGGAAACGGCAACUGCAUCGACAAGUAUCAAGGCUCCGGGUUUGUGUGUCGCGCCGCCAAGGGCGACUGCGAUGUAGCCGAGAUUUGUUGCGGCUCGAAGGGCGCGUGCCCGGCCGAUACGUUUGCUGGCACAAGCACCAAGUGCUCGGGUACUUGCAAUGGCAACCCGUGCGACGAUCAAGACUACUGCGACGGCAAGGGCAAGUGCGUCGACAAGUACAAGCCGUCCGGCACCGUCUGCGGCACCAAGGGCAACCCGUGCAUUCUGGCGGCCACGUGCUCGGGUGACAUGGGUUUUUGCCCACCCGAUGACUUUGCGUCGUCGUCGACGUCCUGCACCGGCACCAAGAGCGGCGGCAUCUGCGACGGCAGGGACGUUUGCGACGGCGAAGGGUCAUGCGUUGACAAGUUCCUCAACGGCGUCGUGUGCCAAAAGCCCGCCUGGUACAGCCGCCCGACCUACUGCAACGGCAAGACGUCGAGCUGCCCUGUUUCGAGCUACCUCAGUUUGCGCGAAGUCAAUGACGACGACGUGGCGGUCACCGAGCAGUUGCUGGCGACGAUGCAGUCGUCGUCGUCACCCUUGGUGCUCCUCGGUCUCGUGUGCGUCGUCGCCAUCGGUGUCGCGCUCGUGGCCAUGCGCCAGCAGCAACGCAAUGUUUGGCAGCACGACUACAAGGAGCUCUUCAUGUAAGAUGGCGACAUCGAACAACGCCGAUUUUGCAACAUUUUCAAGACGCUGCUUGUAUACUGAUGGAGCUAGUUUGCACCUAAGAAGACUAAUAUACAUCUAUCUCAUCCA